AUGGUUCUGGAGGACGAGAGCAGCGACGACAACUCAAGCCUCCCGUACAUGCACUCAGAAACCUCCACCGAUGGGCUGAAUCAGGUGCCUUUCUCUCUUGAGGACCCGGAUUACAAGGGUCUUGAGCUAGAUCUGAUAGUGUUGAACAAUGACACUGGGAGAAGGUUCUUAGCAUGUGCAGAGCCGGAAGGUCAGAAUUGUGGGUUUGUUCAGUGGGUUGAUGAGCAGUGGCCCCCAACAAUGGAGAAUGCAUUGCUGAAGCUUUGGUCAAUGGUUGAAGAGAGCAAGUCUGCUAGGGUGAAUGAUAAUCUUCAAAGUGCUCUAACUAUUCAUCAGUUGACAGAAGAAAAGAACAAGCUGGAUGCAGACUAUGACAAGUUAGUGAAAGAUGUGCAUCAACUUGUGGACUUUCAGCAGGAUAGGGUUGUGGAUUUCAGUUAUCUGCAGUCUGCUGUCACAUAUCAGCACCAAUGCAGAGCUGAAUUGGUGGCUGGUAUGAAUGCAGAAAUGGCAAAGAAAGAUGCAGCUGCACAGAAGCUUCAACAAAAGUAUGAACUCCUGUGCAACCUGACAAGUGCUCAAGCAACUGUCAUCCAAAACUUGAAGUUGAAGAAUAUGAAAGAGAAGGAAUUGUUGAGUGAGGCUAGGAUGAAUUUGGAGUUGAAGAAUGCAGAGUUCACAAAGUUUGAGGAGAAGCUCACCCAAGAGAAGCUAGAGUUGAAGCUCCAGGUUGCUGAUCUGCUGAAGCUCAAGGAAAACCAUAAUGAAGAGAAGCAGAUGCAAGAUUUUAAGAUUACUGAUCUCAUCAAGGCAGAGGAGAAGCUGAAGGAGAAGAUCAAGGGGAUCCAGGCCAUCUUGCAGAACUGA